AUGGAUAUUAUUCUAGGUAUAAGAGUUCAGGAUUCUGUCAUCUUGGCUACCUCUAAGGCGGUAACGAGAGGUAUUUCUGUGUUAAAGGAUAGCGAUGACAAGUCCAGAUUACUAUCGCCUCACACACUAAUGACUUUCACUGGUGAAGCUGGUGACACCGUCCAGUUUGCAGAAUACAUCCAAGCCAACAUGCAAUUAUACUCUAUAAGGGAAAACUACGAGCUUUCGCCCAGUGCUGUGUCAAGCUACGUCAGACAGGAACUCGCAAAAUCCAUCAGAUCUAGGAAACCAUACCAAGUGAAUGUCCUAAUAGGUGGCUAUGAUACUAAAAAAGAGAAGCCAGAACUAUACCAGAUCGAUUACCUAGGUACUAAGGUUGACUUGCCAUACGCAGCACAUGGAUACUCCGGAUUCUACACAUUUUCGUUGCUGGAUCACCAUUAUAGACCAGAUAUGACCACCACAGAGGGUCUAGAACUUCUGAAACUAUGUAUUGCCGAAUUGCAAAAGAGAAUGCCAAUUGAUUUCAAAGGUGUUAUAGUCAAGAUAGUUGACAAGGACGGUGUUAGAGAGGUUGAACAAUAA